AUGAAAAAACGUGAACUGUAAAGCGCAUCAAUGCAAAAUAAAAGUGCCGCAUAAAAAGCGCACUUUUGAAAACGAAUUCAAUUCGUGGCAGAAUUUUAAUGUCAAUUUGGCGAAUUUGCAUUUGUAUUGGUGCAGGCAAGUUUCGGCAAAACUAAAUUGAAGCAAAGCAUACUUUUUUAGCGGGCGGCGAGCAGCUGUUUGCCAAAAGCGGCGCAAAGCGACGCAAUUAGGCGGAGAAAAUUCGAGCAUCCAAAGGGGCAGCGGGACAGCGGGCGCCCCUGUCAAAUCGAUCCCAAAUGCUGACGAUGAUUGCCACGUGCUAAUAGCAUCAUGUUCGCAUGUCCACAUGUCCGCAUGUCAGCAAUAACAGCUCGUUAGCCAAGUGCAGGCAGAAAACAAAAAGUAAGAGCGAAACGGAAAAGUGAAAGGAUUAACGGCAAUUUCAAGCGCUUGCCUCUCGCAAAUUAUGCAAACAAUGCGCUGACAAGGAAGCAGCAUCAGCGUUGCCAAUUAUUAAAAAAAGAAAUAUGAGCACAAAGCCAGACAACAAAGCGAUCCAAGACAAAGCACAAUAGCAAUAGCAAUAGCAAUAGCAAUACGCAAGCGAAACACAUCCAAUCUCCAAAAAAACAGAAGAAAAUAGCAAUAAAAACGUUACAAAGUGCACGCUAAAAAGGAAAAACAAGUAAUCAGCAGCGGCAGUUAAAAAGAAUAAAAAACAACUGGAAGUUUUGUGUUUGUCUAGCAACAACAACAACAGCAACAACAAAAACGUGUGCCAAAAAUUUGUCAUCAGGCUGGCAGCAACCGCGCGCGCGUAGAACAAAAGAAAACGUAGCAAACAUUCCAAGGAACGCGACAGCAUCCAAAAAACAUACUAAUACAUAGACGAGACACACUCACACACACACGUACGCAUACGCAUAUACGGACAGACGCACUCACGCGCACAUUUCGAGGCGCAUAAGCUUCGCACUUGACUUGAACAUUAAACGUGUAAGGCAACCCGCAACACCCUCGCUUCCGCAUCCCCCCGUACAUCAUGGAAAUUUUCGAGGUUUACUUAAUUCUGUUUUUUCUAUGGGUGAUGCCGAACCGGCCGCCGCAACUUAUCGCGGUUUACGUUUGGAGUCUGUGAGAGCCUUUGGCACCGAACAUUUUUGUCAGCUGUCAACGUCGCGCGUGUUGUUGUUGUAUUUCUCCUGCGGUCGUUGGCUCGCGCCUUUGUGUGGGUGCGGCAUAGUUUUUACCACUUGGCAGCAAGGUCAGCAGCAGCAGAAAGCAGCGUCGCCGCCGUCAUGCAAAUUGCAGAGCGCCUAAGCAAUAACAAAGCUAAAACAACGCCAGCAGCAGGAGCAGCAGCAGAAGUCGGCCGCAGCAGCCGUCGCAGCAUAAAAAACUGACGUCGCCGAUUCGCCGUCGCCGUCGCCGCACGCAGCGAAAAUGUUUGAGAAAUAUGUCGCCACAUAUGUGCGCGUGUGUGAGCAAGUGAAAUUAAAAUUCCCGCAUGCCUAAUGAAUUCUCGCGCUCUCUUUCUGCGAAAUGUGCCAAGCAGCAGCAGCAACAACAACAACAACAACAACAAGAACAACAUCUUUGUCGUGUGUGCGUGUGUGUGUGUGUCCUGUUGUUGUAUGUGUGACGCUGACUUCUAAAUAAUGGACGCCGCAUACUAAACAAUGGCGUGUUAAAACAACAACAAGCUGAAAGUGAAACGGAUUUGCGAAACGAGGCAGAAGCGUCGCGCAUAGGUAGAGCACAAUAGCGAAUCAAAACGUAACGAAUAACAAAAGAAAGCAAAACGUUAACCACAAAGGAUCAGUUGGCCAAGCGCAAACUGCAAAAGGAAUUGGCAACGUAUAUAAAUUGAGGUGAAUGCAAUUCAGCAACCGGAGGAGUCUCAGAGACAGAAACGACGAGGACGACUACGAUACGACACGGCAGGUAGUAGAAGUAGUAGGAGGCGGCGGUAAGCAUCCGGUGCUGUGGGUAUGUCCACAGCCAAAAGACUGGUGCUCUCGCUACGUGGACGCAAGAAUUCGCAGGGCAAUUCGGCCACAUCGUCGACGCGGCUCGUAUCCGCUGGCACCUCGCCGGGCCAUGAGCUGGACGAAAUAGCCGUUGUCUCCGGCACCGGUUCGACUAGCCAUCAUUUCUCCUAUGGCGGCUGCAUUGGCAAUAACAACGACGCCAGCAGCGCCGCCGUGGCUGUGGCCCGUUAUUCAACAGCCGAGCUUAACAAGGCCACGCCCAGUGGCCGCUUGUGCCGCACAGCGGCCAUUGAUGGUGGUGACGCAGACGUCAACGCGGACGUCGACGCCGCCGCCGACGCCAAUGCUGGCUGUGACGUCAACGCUGCUGACGAUGAUGAACGAUGGCGGCCAAAUGUGCUGAAUGCAGCAACUGCAACACUUGACAGCAGACAGACCAAAACGACAGCAACUAAAACAACAACAACAAUAGCAAAACAUCAAAACAACAAAAGAAAUACAACAACAACAACAACAGCAACUAAAACCAGUCAAAGAUUGGCGCCACGCGCCAGCUUUCCUGAAAUAAUGCAGCCACGGCUAUCCCUGAACGGCAUGCUAAAUCCACCGUAUCCAUCGUUAAUGCCAUCGCCGCGUCCUCUGUACCGGGAUCACAGCUCGAGGUCGAUAAAUCCGCUGACCGCUUACGAGCAGCAAAUGGCCGAGCUCGAUGGCAGCUUCUAUGGCAGCAAUGCGGCAUAUUUGGGUGCUGGCAUGAGUGGCAGUGCCGGUGGAGCCACCACGUGCACCAAUCUGACAGUGGGCGGUGCUGCGACAGCAACUGUUGCUGCUGGUGGUGGUGGUGGUGGUGGUUUUGGCGGCGGUGCUGCCAGUGGCGGUGGUGGUGGCGGUGUUGGCAGUGGUGUUGGCGGUGGUGGUGCUGGUGCCUUUCACACAACCGAACUUUCAAUAACUCCAACAAUGCCAGCUGAUGAGCAGUUUAUUGAUUUGGGUAGCCUGCGUCGCUUCUCAAUCGAUCGACAGAGCUUUCUCGAUCUAGGCCCCAAGUUUGGCAUGUCCCAGCCGAAAUUCGGCCAGAGCGUCUCGCAACAAGGUUUCUUCACGUCGCAUGACAGCCUGGCCACACCAUGCGCCUCCAGAGCAUCGAACUCGCAUAUGGCCACCGUAAGCACUGCCUCCGAGAUGGAUUUAUUGCACAACAAGCAACGCCCCAACAACAACAAAUCGCGCGGCCGUCUGAAAACGACCGGCGGCGAUCAGCCACUGCUGGGCACCUGGAAUCGAUCCACAGGCCGCGGCUCGCAGGAUAACACGCUAAGUGGAGGUGGUGGUGGUGCCACCAGUGUGCUAAUGGGGCAUACACAAUAUGGGGGAAACUAUUGCAACGGCACCGAUCGCUACCCGCGUUCACGUUCGCAGCAGCAGUCGCACCACAAUGCCGGACAAGCCCAGCACCACCCAUACCAGUUGCAGCACUCUGCCUCCACGGUGUCGCACCACCCGCAUGCGCAUGGUCAGUCCGCACACGGCGGCCCUGGACCGCCCCAUGGCGGCCAUCCGCACCACCAAAUGCAUGGUGGUGGGGGGCCUGGCAGUGGGGUUCCCAGCGGACAUUCAGCACAGCAUCAGAAACCGCAUCGCACUGCCUCGCAGCGUAUACGCGCCGCCACGGCCGCCCGCAAGCUGCAUUUUGUAUUCGAUCCGGCGGGGCGGCUCUGCUACUAUUGGUCCAUGGUGGUUUCCAUGGCCUUUUUGUACAAUUUCUGGGUGAUAAUCUACCGCUUCGCCUUCCAGGAGAUCAAUCGGCGCACGAUCGCCGUGUGGUUCUGCCUGGACUAUCUGUCCGAUUUUCUAUAUCUGAUUGACAUAUUCUUUCACUUUCGCACUGGAUAUCUGGAGGAUGGGGUGCUGCAAACGGAUGCAAUCAAACUGCGCACACACUACAUGAACUCGACGAUCUUCUACAUCGACUGCCUCUGCCUGCUGCCGCUGGACUUUCUCUACUUGUCGAUUGGCUUCAAUUCGAUACUGCGCAGCUUUCGGCUGGUCAAGAUCUAUCGGUUUUGGGCCUUCAUGGACCGCACCGAGCGGCACACCAACUAUCCAAAUCUGUUUCGCUCCACGGCCCUUAUACAUUAUCUGCUUGUGAUAUUCCAUUGGAACGGCUGCCUCUACCACAUUAUUCACAAGAACAACGGCUUCGGCUCACGGAAUUGGGUCUAUCACGACUCCGAGUCGGCGGACGUAGUUAAACAGUAUCUGCAGAGCUAUUACUGGUGUACCCUGGCAUUAACCACCAUCGGGGACCUGCCCAAACCCCGCUCCAAGGGCGAGUACGUGUUUGUGAUAUUGCAAUUGCUAUUCGGCCUGAUGCUCUUUGCCACGGUGCUCGGACAUGUGGCGAACAUUGUGACGUCGGUGAGUGCGGCGCGCAAGGAGUUUCAAGCCAAGCUGGAUGGAGUUAAGACGUACAUGCGCAUGCGGCGUGUGCCGAAUCAUCUGCAGGUGAAGGUCAUCAAAUGGUUCGAUUACCUGUGGCUCACGCAAAAGUGCUCGGACGAGGAGCGCGCCGUAUCCUGUCUUCCUGAUAAAUUAAAGGCUGAAAUAGCAAUUAACGUCCAUUUAGAUACACUUAAGCGGGUUGAGAUUUUUCAAAACACUGAAGCGGGUUUCCUUUGCGAAUUGGUGCUGAGACUGCGGCCCGUGCUCUUCUCCCCGGGCGACUACAUUUGCCGGAAAGGCGAGGUGGGCAAGGAGAUGUACAUUGUGAAUCGUGGACGAUUGCAGGUCGUUGCUGACAAUGGCAAAACGGUGAUGGCCUCGUUAAAGGCAGGUUCCUAUUUCGGCGAGAUUAGUAUACUGAAUAUGGGCACCGCAGGUAAAGAACUUGGCAACAGACGCACCGCCAGCGUUCGGUCCGUGGGCUACAGCGAUCUGUUCGUGCUGAGCAAAAAAGACAUGUGGGACGUGCUUAAGGAGUAUCCGGCGGCGCGUGUCCGCUUGGAGUCGAUAGCCGUCAAGCGUUUGGAGAAAUACAAGAAGGCACCACUGGAGAAAGUCAAAUACUUUAAUGUAGUUGCCAUGGGCCGCUGCCAGUCAACGCCGGGCCUGGUGGAGAGCUGCGGCCGCACCACGCUGGAGGAUAUGUGGCUGCCGCCGGCCUCAGUCAACAUGCUGCAUCAGAUGCAGCAGCAUCAGGUGCAGCAGCAGCAACAACAGCAACAACAGCAGCUGCAGCUGCAGCAGCAACAGGCACAACAGCAGCAACUUCACCAGCAGCUGCCCCAUGCACAUGGCUACAGCUAUACGGAGCAUUUGGUGCGUGCCACGGACUCGCCGCGCUCGGUCAGUCCCAGCGCACAUGGCUCCGAGGAGCGGCCGCGCAGUCGCGCCACCUCGCACCACUCAAUGCGACCGCAAUCUCAGCCCAGUCACACAGGUCACAUUUGCGACUCGAGCUCGCAGCUGGAGUGCUAUGGCGCUGGCGUUGGAGGUGUUGGUGGCGGCACCACACCGCUGCUCGGCUCUCACGAGGCUCUGGAGGAUGAGAUCAAGCGUCUGAGAGAACGCCUGCAUACAGUUGAAUCGGAGAAUCAAGCUCUUAAUACGAAACUCUCGCAGCAGCAAUGGGAUUUGGAGAAUCGUCUGGCAGAGAUUGAAAUGCAAAUCUGCGGCGUUUCGUCCACAUCCAGCGUGGAUCCCGAUAAUGAGGCCGAGGAGCUGGAACGGAAUCGCGAGAGUAUCAUAUAACACGGGAGCGUGCUGCCCCAUCAGCAUCAGCCGAUCGGAGCAGCAGCUGCUAGCACAAGCAACAGCACGGCGGGGGAGAAGGAGCUGAAACAGGAGCUGCAACAGCCACAGCCGCAGGUACAGCACCAGGUACAGCCACAGCCCCAGCGACACCAAACUGGCCAAAUCUUGC